CCUCUGUCCUCCCUAGCUCUGAGAUCCACUCCGAGCCUGGAAGCGCCAGUUGGCCACUGUAGGAAAGUGUGUUCAUGUGUCUGCACCCCACACACAGGAUCAUUAUGACUGGGGCCUUCGGGCCAUCAAGUCCGUGCUGGUGGUGGCCGGCUCCUUGAAGAGGGGGGACCCCACCCGGGCAGAGGACCAGGUGCUCAUGAGGGCACUGAGGGACUUCAAUAUCCCCAAGAUCGUGACAGACGACUUGCCGGUGUUCAUGGGGCUGAUCGGGGACCUCUUCCCCGCCCUGGAUGUGCCCCGGAAGCGAGACCUGAAUUUCGAGAAGAUCAUCAAGCAGAGCAUUGUGGAGCUCAAGCUGCAGGCAGAGGACAGCUUCGUGCUGAAGGUCGUACAGCUAGAGGAACUGCUUCAAGUCCGACACUCCGUGUUCGUCAUUGGGAACGCAGGCAGUGGCAAGUCCCAGGCACGUCCCCAGCAUCUGUCAGUACCCCCCCAUCACCUCCCAGGCACGGCACGGCACCUGCAGUACCCCCCCAUCCCCUCCCAGGCACGUCCCCAGCACCUGCCAGUACCCGCCCAUCACCUCCCAGGCACGUCCCCAGCACCUGCCAGUACCCCCCCAUCACCUCCCAGGCACGUCCCCAGCACCUGCCAGUACCCGCCCAUCACCUCCCAGGCACGGCACGGCACCUGCCAGCACCCCCCAUCACCUCCCAGGCACGGCACCAGCACCUGCCAGUACCCCCCCAUCACCUCCCAGGCACGGCACCGCACCUGCCAGUACCCGCCCCCCCAUCACCUCCCAGGCACGGCACCAGCACCUGCCAGUACCCCCCCAUCACCUCCCAGGCACGGCACCAGCAUCUGCCAGUACCCGCCCCCCCCAUCACCUCCCAGGCACGGCACCAGCACCUGCCAGUACCCGCCCAUCACCUCCCAGGCACGGCACCAGCAUCUGCCAGUCCUCAAGUCCCUCAACAAGACCUAUCAGAACCUGAAGAGGAAGCCGGUGGCAGUGGACUUGGACCCAAAGGCCGUGACCUGUGACGAGCUGUUUGGCAUCAUCAACCCGGCGACCAGGGAGUGGAAAGACGGCCUAUUCUCAACCAUCAUGCGGGACCUAGCCAACAUCACACAUGACGGUCCCAAGUGGAUUGUCCUGGAUGGGGACAUAGACCCUAUGUGGAUUGAGUCCCUCAACACGGUCAUGGAUGACAACAAGGUCCUCACCUUGGCCAGCAAUGAGCGAAUCCCCUUGAAUCGGACUAUGAGGCUGGUGUUCGAGAUCAGCCACCUGAGGACAGCCACCCCAGCCACUGUCUCCAGGGCUGGCAUACUCUACAUCAACCCUGCUGACCUUGGGUGGAACCCGUGAGUAAGGCUUGGACUCUCCUGUUCCAAACUGUGGCAGAGCACGCGGUCAGUGGGCCGUGUCACCACGGCACACGCUUAUACGUACCCAUUCACCCACACAAGUGCCACGGUCCAUCUCACCCCCACGUUCAGUGGGGCCGCAUCAGAGCAGUACACGCUUGCAUGUACUAUGCUGGCUCACCUCGCUGUCACUGCAGUAAAAAGGGUGACACGUGACAGAAACUCAGUGACAGACAGUGUGGCGGCUGAUGGGACACUCCAGGACAAAAGCUGGCCCCGCUCGCUGGGAGCGCUGGGAUAAGGGGAGGCUGGCCCGCCUGAAGACACUGUGCUCCCCAAAGACUGAAUGCAAAGCUGCUUCCCGAGAGGGAGCAUUCUGGGAGCACAGGAUCUAGGUCAGCGUUCCCGAGGAGGGCUGGCACUUUGGGGAGGCCCGGGGAUGGAUGGAUAAUGAAAGCUGAGGGCCGGGAAGAAAGGACUGCUUGCGACCCGAAGAGGGGUUACAGUCAUGUCUGUGGGCAGCAGGGAUGGCGUGGGGAAGGCAUGGACUUGAGAGUGGCUUGAAGUCUUAAGGAACAGGAGAUUUGAUGUUGAUAUUUUCCUGCUUGGACAUGAUUGGCAAAAUAGUAAAACUUGCGGGGACCCAGAAGGGGUAGCUUGGAGCUAAUAUAUCGAGUCAAGUCAGCUGGAAUAGAAACCACAGGCUCAGGAUAAAUACCUGAGCUGAAAACGAGCACUCACUUGUUCAUCUACCCACCUGUCCAUCCAUCCAUCUACCCACCUGUCCAUCCAUCCAUCCACCCAC